CUGGGUGAGUAUCCAAGAACAAUGGCUUUGGUGUUUAAUCCUCUAGCUCUAUGCGCUCCUCCAGCGAUUACUAGGGUUUGUUCUCGGCCAGGCAAUCGCAGCUCCAGCGCCAGGCCCUGCGCUCGCGAUAGGCGAUUGCGCGUUAGAGCGUCGGCAGCGCCGGAUCAAAACAGCAUCAAGAUCCAGCAGCAGCAAUCCUCGCCCCAGCAGCUCCAGAGAACGAAUGGAUCCUCUUCCCCUCCCCAGCAGCAACAGCAGCAGCAAAGGCCGUCGAUGGCAUCGAGAAGACAAUCCUCGCCCCUCUCGCCGCUGGAUUUGUGGGAUCCAUUCAUGCCGGCGUCCAGGAGCUUCGGCCAGAUGCUCGACGCGAUGAAUCAAGUGCUGGAGACUGGAGCGAUGCCGACGCCGGCGCCAUCGAUGCUGCCCACGAUCCAGCGCCGGAGCUCCGGGCGAUUGCCGUGGGACGUGAUGGAGGACGAGGAGGCCUUUAGGAUGCGCGUGGACAUGCCCGGGCUCGCCAGGGACGAGGUGAAGGUAUCGAUCGUGGACGAUGGCUUCUUGCUCAUCAAGGGCGAGACGAGCAAGGAGAGGAAGGAAGGGGGCGACAAAUGGGCGGCGCGAAGCGUGGGGUCUUACGAGUCGAGGGUGAUGAUCCCGGACAAUGUGGAGGUGGACAAGAUCACGGCGGAGCUGAAAGACGGCGUGCUCUACGUGACGGUGCCCAAGAAGAAGAUUGAGGCCAAGAAACCCGUCGAGAUUCAGGUGUCCUAGGGUUUAGGGUUUUAUUCAGGGCAUGCUUUAGCAUGGGUUUAGGGUUUACGCAAAUACAAUAAACCCUAAAUUUGCUCGCCAACGAGAUCUGUCAACUUCUCCACAGUGCUUCUUUUUCUCAGUAAGUAAAGUCAGGCUUUGAAUUAUCAUUGUGGUUUGGUUUUCGA